AUGUCAGCAGCAUCGAGCUCUGACUCGUGCCCCUCCCGACACUUCUCAUGGCUGAUGAAAUCCUGCUUCCCCAACCCCCAGAAGCCCCACAACCCCUCCGCCCUCUCCACCACCACUAUCGGCGGUGCCGACACCACCAUUUCGAGCCUCUCCAAUAACCUUGUCCUAGAAUGCCUCUCUGGAGUCCCUCACUUCACCCUCCCUUCUCCCCCUUCCGUCUGUUGCCGCUGGACCUACCUCCUCAACUCCCUCGCCUUCCACCUCCGCCACCAAACCCUCUUCUACAGCGUCCUUGUUUUCUCUCUCUUCUCGCAUUUUCGAUUGGUAUCAAUUGGCCGGAAAAUAUACAUCAUCGACCGGAUGGCGAUGCUUCAGUGCGACACGUGGACAAGGACAACCAAGAUGACCUUUUUGAGGAAGAAGUUCGCCGCCACUGCGGUCGACGAGAAGAUACUCGUAUUACGUAUAACACCCUAUACUCGACUUGGGUUCAUCUAA